UAUGCGCGUCGCCGCCGGGGUUUCCUUGCGGUUCCUGAACGCAUCACGGUGUGGUUUGGUGCUGGGAGUCUCAGUUGAGCAGAGGACGGACUCCCGGACCUGCCUCCUUUACAGACCAUCCAGUGCUGGGUUUGGGUCCUGUGCGGAGUGUUGUGAGUGUGGGGGGACCGCAGUGUGACAGGAUGGACCACAUGUGCCCUAAACUGACCGCACCAGCCGCUUUACGCACACUGUUUGUUAGGACUGAACAACUUGUGCGCGUCUUUUGACAAACAGCACCAGUCGGAGGGAUGAUGGACUGAUCUGAUGCAGUGACAAACCUCCGUGCAGCUGUAUUGACAAACAGAUCAGAUGGAUUUGUAAAUAACAGUUUAGACGCAGACUGUGAUGUGAAACUCCAACACUGGUGAUGCGUUUGGGUUCCACGUGGAUUCGCGGAUAGUGCUGUCGCCUCUGAUUUGUUUUUCCCCACAAACCACGAAGCUGUCAGAGGACUGUGCGGUGGCAGAACAGACUGACUGCGAUGCAAACCCGAUUUCCAAGUGUUGCUGUUCCCCCUGAACAUGUGCAACACGCCGCCGCCAGUGCGCAAAAGCCCCGCUGAGCACCAGUAGCCGCUCCUGCGCGUCCAAAACACGCAGAACCAUGUUUCUCCUGUGGGUCCCGGUGAGUUUAGUCCUCGGGUUCAUCAUUUCUCAGACGUGGAGCGUUCAGACGUCGUGGGAGAAUUGGAACCAAGACCUCCGCAACAGAGGGAACGAGUUUGAGAAGAAGAGCUCUCAGCCGCACAUAGUCUUCAUCCUGGUGGACGACCAGGGCUUCAGGGAUGUGGGCUAUCAUGGCUCCGAGAUCAAAACCCCGACCCUGGACCGGCUGGCAGCGCAGGGAGUCAAACUGGAGAACUACUACGUGCAGCCGCUGUGCAGUCCAUCCAGGAGUCAGCUGAUGACCGGCAGGUAUCAGAUCCACACGGGCCUUCAACACUCCAUCAUCCGAGCCACCCAGCCCAACUGCCUUCCCCUCGACAACGUCACCCUCCCCCAGAAACUCAAGGAAGCAGGUUAUUCCACACACAUGGUAGGCAAGUGGCACCUGGGCUUCUACAAGCGUGGCUGCCUGCCCACGCAGCGAGGCUUUGACACUUUCUUUGGUUCCCUGCUCGGAAGCGGAGACUACUACAGUCACUAUAAAUGUGAAGGGGCUGGAAUGUGCGGCUACGAUUUAUAUGAAGGGGAAGAGGCAGCUUGGGAGCAGGACCGUGGCAUGUAUUCAACUGUGAUGUUUACACGAAAAGCUAUCAGCAUCUUAGCUCAUCACAACCCUCGCAGACAACCUUUGUUUCUCUACUUGGCCUAUCAGGCUGUUCAUUCCCCGCUGCAAGUUCCUGCACGCUACCUCGAGCGCUACAAGGGAAUCCCAAACUUGCAUCGACGAAAAUAUGCUGCCAUGGUGUCUUGCCUUGACGAAGCCAUCCACAACCUCACGUUGGCACUGAAACGCUACGGUUAUUAUGACAACACAGUUAUAGUGUACUCCUCUGACAAUGGCGGCCAGCCAUUGGCAGGUGGAAGCAACUGGCCUCUUAGGGGCAGUAAAGCCACGUAUUGGGAAGGGGGUAUCAGGGCUGUGGGCUUUGUUCACAGUCCCCUUUUGGUGAACAAAGGGACAAAAUGUCGAUCUUUGGUCCACAUUACUGACUGGUAUCCCACGUUGGUCACUUUGGGUGAAGGGACUUUGGAUGAAGAUUUAAAUCUGGACGGGUAUGAUGUCUGGGAGGCAAUUAGUGAAGGUCGCCCAUCACCUCGCCAGGACAUUCUUCACAACAUUGACCCAAUUUAUAUCAAAGCCAAGAAUGGUUCUUGGAAAGCUGGGUAUGGUCUCUGGAACACGGCCAUCCAGGCAGCUCUGCGAGUCGGCCACUGGAAACUCCUAACUGGAGUCCCCGGCUACAGCGACUGGGUGCCGCCACAGACCUUUUCCAACCAGCGACUGACCAACCGCUGGCACAAUGAGCGCGUCCGCUGGGACCGGGGUAAAUCCGUCUGGCUGUUCAACAUCACAGCCGACCCUUAUGAAAGAGUGGACUUAUCUCAGCGGUACCCGCAUAUAGUAAAGAAGAUGCUAAUGCGGUUAGCGCAGUACAACAAGACAGCAGUACCGGUACGCUAUCCGGCUAAAGACCUCCGCUCCAACCCUCAGUAUAAUGGAGGGGUCUGGGGACCCUGGUUCAAGGACGAGAGAGAGAGGCAAGAGGAGGAGGAGCGUUUCAAUAAUCUGUUAAGUGAUGUUCUUGGGAAAAAAAGGUGGAAAAAGAAAUCAAAGACCAGAAAAUUGAAAAGGAGGGUAGAAAAGUAGCCCACAGCAUUUGUGAAAGCCUUUUGUGAAAACAUUGAUAUGUAGAAUCUGUGUGCUUGUGUGCAUAUGUGAAGUUUGUGUUGGAGUCUGUGUCGUUCUAUGACGAUGUGCUGAUAGUUUCCUGCCAUUAACUGACUACAUUUCUAUACUAGUAUAAAAUAUCAAGCAAAGAUUUGAAGCAAACUUUUGAAAAGUCUCAAAAAUUAAAAUGUAAAUUUUGUGCAUUUUUAUGAGCUGGUUGGAAUCAAAUAAUCUCGGCUCCACUGUGUCACCAGCAGGCACCACUGUUGCUGCUGAGAUGUCAUCAGUCCACACAACCUUUCGUACCAUCAAACAUGUUUCCACCUUUAUCAGAAUAUCUCAGAAGAUGCACUAAACAGCUGCAUCUGAACAUGAGUUAAAUGCAAAAAGAUGGUCCGUGGCCUUCUGUGCACAUUUACUCUUUGUGCCAACAAAGAAAAAAGGAAAGAAAGUCUUUUUUGCAAAAUUUACCCAAUGUGAAAUUUCAAACUGUACAUUAAUUCUGUUUAUUGAAACACAGUUACAAACUAGAGCUGAACACGGCUGCUGCUGUGUUAUAAGAGAAGACAAACAUAAAAAUUUUCACAGGAAAAAAAAAUGGAUCAAAGUCCUCUAGUUUUUAGUGUGCAGACUUAUCACUGAUGUACGCAAACCAGACAGUCAUUGUCUUUGAAAUGGAAUUAGCAAACAAAACAAAACGAUCGGCUCUCUGCACAGAACAGACUUCAACACAAACUGCAAAAGCUCAUGAGCAUGCACAACUCUUACAUGUUGAACAUUUACAUUGCCUUUUCUCAGGGACUGACACAUCCUGCUUCAGGAUUGUCCUCUAGUUUUUUUUUAACUCCUAUAGACUCCAGUAUACUGUACGGAAAAUGAUGUGGAUGGACUUUUUAUGAAGCUUUAAGAGAAUGAGGAAAAGAUCCACUAGUUCAAACACUACUGUCAUGCCCAGAAACAACUAAGACCUCAUGUUAAUGUUAGGGGCAUUUAGAGAACGUUUAUUUUUGUACAUUCUGUUGCAUGCUUGAACUAUUGCCACCUUCAUUCUGUAGAAUCAUAUUUCACUUAGAGUAGAAAAAUAAAUCUUUAUAUAGACAGUUACCGUAAAUGUUGGUGACAGAGAAAUAAAGUAAAACAUAGUUCUAUUAUGUUGCUGAUUGUCAUGAUACAGCAUCAUGGAAACAGAUGUAGGAUUUAUGUGAUGUACAAAAGGAUGUACAUUGGUUUUAUAAGCACAUUCUGUCCAAACAUUAUGGGAAUAGUGUUUGUUCCCUCUGUUAGAUAAAGUCUGGACUGGGACCAGGCCAACUUGAAUGUAAGACAAAGUAACAAAAUAAAAGCCCCAGACACAAA